CUGCAUUUGAAGCUGGCCGAGAUGACUAUAAAAGUUUUUCCUUAUUUCCAUCCUUCUCAUGUUCCCCUUGCUGUUCGAAUCAGACGUGUACUUUCCGCGAACCAAGGCCCAAGCACCAACAUUUCCAGCUCCAGGCCGGGAACCACUCUCAUUCCAUCCACAAUAUUACAUACUGAACAAGACAGAAACAAAAUAUAUGCAAUAGUGGUGAGGCCUCACUGCCGAUGUGCGACUGAUGGUACGGGGGCAGUUGGCUCAUUCUCUUGGUGUGAGUGAAGAGCACUCCUGGGAGGAC